GAAUGGAGGGAGAGAGAGAGAGAGAGAUUUGGAGUCAUUCACCAGAGAGUUUUGGGCGACCUGAGAAUUCACUUCCGAGACGAUGUGGAGAAGGGUAUCUGCUCAGCUUCAGACCCUAGCUGCCGUUUCAUGGCGAUCUUCUCUAGCUCGAUCCAACGGUGGAGAUUCCUUUAUCAGGAAACGCGCCUUCCCAUCCGCAUCGUCCUUCUUCUCCACCCAUCAGGCCACUUCCCAUUCCGAUGCUAGUAUGUCCAAGGGUAAGAUCAGAGUGGAAGAUAUAAUGCCGAUUGCCACCGGACAUGAACGUGAGGAGCUCGAGGCCGAACUCGAGGGAGCAAGGCGUUUCGACAUGGACACUCCGGUUGGUCCCUUUGGCACCAAGGAAGCACCUGCUAUUGUGAAAUCAUACUAUGACAAGAGAAUAGUUGGAUGCCCUGGUGGUGAAGGUGAGGAUGAGCAUGAUGUUGUGUGGUUUUGGCUGGAGAAAGACAAGCCACAUGAAUGCCCUGUUUGUUCUCAGCAUUUUGUGCUGGAAGUGAUUGGCGAGGGGGGACCUCCGGAUGGUCAUGGUCAUGAUGACCACUGAUGUGGGGCUGCAAGCUUUUCGGACCAGAAUAAAAAAAACUGGAUCCAGCCAAUAUGCGGCCAGCCUGGGAGGUUCUUGAGGUGUCCGCCCUCCAUAUUCGGUCAUGAUCCAGGGCCUAAUUCACAAAUGCUGGGCCUGUUGGAUGACAAUAGACUGAUUUGGGGUGCUGUACUCGUUAUUUUUGGUCAUGGAAUGCGGGCUAUCAGUUUUUUUUUUUUUUUUUUGGUCCUCAUCAAACCAUUCAUUUCCAAGCCACUGUUCAUAUGUCACCACGUUAUUGGAUAGCCAUAACUGCUGCCCUGUUGCCCACCAUUUGUUGGCCCAUUAGGUCAAACCGUUCCUAUCACCAUGUACGCUUCCUUCAUAUUUAUCCCGACCAUGCCAAUUGAAGGAAUAGAGGGAAGUGCCAAGGAGACUGGAGGUUUUCAAUAUGGUGCACAUGGCAGCAUGGCACACGUGCAUGAGAUAUAGGUCAUUCAUCGGUUGGGCCCCACCAUGAACAUGACCAGGCCUGGGGAUGGUCCUCUCAUCAGCUGUGUUGCACAUGUAUGUUUAUAUACUCUGUUAGAAUGUUAGUCAUAUUUUUCAAACGGUGCAUUUUUCUCAUGCAAGCUAACCCACACACCACAUGGGCACUUGAAACCAUCACCUCAGUCUUGAAACGAACUGAGCCAUGUGUUGGAACCCACCUAAUGAAUAACCGGGAUCUCACAUGUCAGUGCAUCAACUACCACAUCAGAUGACCGGAGCAUCUGAUUUUCUGCCUGGGAAAAUGCAUGAGCUCACUAUUUAAUCAAUGUCCCGGAUCUCACACAAGUGUAACAUUGGCACAUGUGGAAAUCCCUUCACUGUUGCUUGCUCAAAAUCGAGAUUGGAACCACGAAAAAAAAAAAUGCAAAAAAUAGAGGACUUCCAUCAUAAUAAAGAAAAAACUUUGAAACACUGGAGUGUGAAGAAGUCUCAGGCAUUCACUUGGCCACUGUACAUGGCGGAACAUUUGUGCUGUCUCUAGACUGUCGACAUAAUGGGACCCACAUUUGAUGGGCCUUGACCUAAAAAUUACACCGAACAGAUCCCCAUAUGGGUCUAAUUGGUGGAUCUAUACUGGCUGUUCAAGAUGUAAAGUGGUCAGCGGUAAAGAGUCGACAUGAAAAUAUCCAUUAAUUAGGCCUGAAGUGAUGUUUGGUAAACUGAAAAAUAAAGUCUGAAAAUUAAUUUAUAGUACUGAAUUUUAUUACUUAUUGAAAAAUAUUUUUGGUAAUUUGUCUAAAAAAGGCCGAUAUCGAAAAAAUAAUCUCUCUCUUUUUU